CUAUGGUUUGCUGCUAUUCUUGAAAUAUGACCCUUAUGAUAGCAGACAAUGGUUUCAUGAACUCCUCUGGAGAACCUUUGGUUAAUGGAAAUAUUGAUCCUAUGGUUUCUGUGUUGAACCAGGUAAUGUGGCGAACUUCAAAGAAAAAUGUCAUUGAACAGCUUGGAAUUCCAGUGCAGGAGACAGUUAUUCACAAAUUGCAGUUAUCACAAGUUGAAAAAGUUUUCUACGAGACUCAACGAGAAAAAUGCAGAAAUGAUUUUCUGGAAAAUAUUAAAAAAUAUCAUUGUGUAGCACAUGCUCAACUGAGUAAGAUGGAUAGGUAUAUUGUUACUAAG